UAGGCUGUAUUCCCGGAUGCCUGUUUAAUUUAGCCUGGUUGAGUGUAUCUGGGAGUGUGUGUGUUUGUUUGUGUGUCUGUGUGUGUAUGUGUAUGGUCUUUAUAUCAUAUCCCACCCAGUCUUACGGCGAAAACGCGACCCACAGAGGCCCAUCCCUGUACGCAAAAUCAACAUAACAUCUGAGGUCACGAUACUUUUUAUUAGCCUACAGGAGGUAACAGUUCCUAGACCGGUAUGACACGACCGGUUAAGUAGCUGUUAUUUAACGAUUGUCCCCUUUAAAUACAUUUUUCCUUCGGUGAUGUCUCCGGAUCACCUGUCAAAUGCGGAACAUGCGCGUUGGUGAGAGCAGGGAGACGAGGUGGUAUAGUGGAACCGAGACCCGCACAGGAAUCAUCGUCCCCUCUGUAGCAAAUAUGCAAACAUCACUGACACGACAUACCGUUGUAGAAGAGGGUGUUGAGCUCGAGACAUAAUUUGGGAUGCCUCGAGAAGCCGAGGAAUCCCAUUUCCACAGCAACCGUUGGAGCUAAAAACGCAGAGCGUCGCGUACCGAAUCUAACGGGGGGCGGGAGGGGUCGAUCAUGGGGAACGAAGCGAGCCUCGAAGGAGGCGAAGGGGCGCUUGCUGGAUUACCGGAGGGUCUCGCACCGGACGGGAAGGGAGCCUUCAUCAGGAUCCCCAGUGGGGUACAGGCGGAUCUCAGCCAACUCAGCGAGGAUGACAGGAAACAACUCGCCGCCGCUAUGUCAAGGACGCAAGCCAGGAAGCCAGGAGGCCAGGCAGGAGGCGGGGCCUCUCAGGGCCCGACAGGCCUCAGCAAGAGUCGGACCGUAGACGCGUUCGGACAGGGCCCCGUGGGCAAGCCGUCCCCAGGCCGCAGCCCCUCGUCCCUCAGCCUCCUCGAGUCCAAAUUCCGGCAGGAGCCCAAAGACCCAGAGACCAAAAGCGGCAUGUUCGGCUCUAACUUCCUGAGCGGGGCCAACCCUCUCAACGCCGUCUCCUCCAUGACGUCCUCCAUGUCCUCUGCGGUCAACAUCCCCAAAUUCGGCUUGUUUGGAGAUGAGGAGGAGGACGAAAGCCCCCCUCCAACAGCAGCCAAGCCAGGAGGGAAGCCCCCUGGGGGGCCCCCAGGGCAGGGGAAAGGCCCUCAGCAAGGCCCAGGGCCCAAGGGCCCCCAGCAAGGAGGGCCACCGAGACAGGGCCAAGCAGGGCCCCCUGGACAAGGACCUAAACCAGGCCAGGGCCCCCCUGGACAACAGGGCCCAAAGCCAGGCCAGGGACCCCCAGGUCAGGGCCCCCCAGGGCCCAAGGGUCCCCAGCAAGGAGGGCCACCGAGACAGGGCCAAGCAGGGCCCCCUGGACAGGGACCUAAACCAGGCCAGGGCCCCCCAGGCCAAGGGCCCCCCGGACAGCAGGGCCCAAGGCCAGGCCAGGGACCCCCAGGCCAAGGGCCGCCCGGACAGCAGGACCCAAGGCCAGGCCAGGGACCCCCAGGCCAAGGGCCCCCUGGACAGCAGGGCCCAAGGCCAGGCCAGGGACCCCCAGGCCAAGGGCCCCCCGGACAGCAGGGCCCAAGGCCAGGCCAGGGACCCCCAGGCCAAGGGCCCCCCGGACAGCAAGGCCAGGGACCCCCAGGUCAAGGGCCCCCUGGACAGCAGGGCCAAAAUCCAGGCCAGGGCCCACCCCAACAGGGUGGCCCGCAACAGCAAAAAGGAGGCCCACAAGGACCCCCCCAAGGACCUGGGGGUAAGCCAGGGCUGCAGCAGGCAGGACCAGGUGGGUCUGGGAAGCCUGGGCCCCCCGGCCCGGAUGCACAGCCAGGCGGCCCGGCCAAGGCAGGAGGACCCCCUGGCCCCUCAGGGCCUGGGAACCCUGGAGGUGGGGUGUGUCCGCUGUGUAAGAGCACCCAGUUGAACGUUGGAGCUAAGGAGCCACCCAAUUAUAGCACCUGUACUGAGUGCAAGAACCAGGUGUGCAGCCUGUGUGGAUUCAGCCCUCCAGAUUCAGCGGGGAAGGAGUGGCUGUGUCUGAACUGCCAGAUGCAGCGCGCCAUGGGGGGGAUGGAGAACUCAGGCCCUCCCUCCACCAUGAAACCACGACAAGGCUCCGCCCCUACCUCCCCACAGAGGAAGGACCCCAACGCCAAACCCGACGGCAGGAAGCCAUCCCUCCUGAUCAAGCAGCAGAGCGUCACAGACUCCUUCAAAGGCUUAACCCCUCCGACGACGCCCAAGCAGAAAUCUCCGGGUCCCUCCUCCCCAGGGCCCAUGUCCCCCGGAGGACAGAAGCCCCCAGAUUCUCCCGGGUCCACAGGGAGCAGGUCCCAGCCUCCGUCCCCCAGCAUCGCCCCGAAAGGAAGCCCCCAGCCCUCUCCAGCCAAGCCCAAGCAGGAGUCCAGCUUCUUCGGGGCCUGGGGGCCUGAGCUGGGGGGGCUGACGGACGCAGCCAAGCCCCCCGCCGCUGCCUCCCAGGCGGCAGAGUCCGUCACAGGAAAACUGUUCAGUGGCUUCGGGGGGUUCACAGAAUCGGCAAAGCCUCAAGCCCCGCCCUCCUCCGCCCCUAAACAGGAAGAGUCCGUGGCAGGGAAGCUGUUUGGAGGGUUCGGCUUCAGCGAAGCAGCCAAGCCUCCAGCCGCCGCCUCUCAGAACCGCCGCCUCUCAGAAGCCUCCAGCCGCCGCCUCUCAGAAGGCCGAGGCCGUUUCGGGAAGAUGUUUGGGUUCGGGUCUUCCAUCUUAAGCUCGGCCACAAACCUCAUCUCAAACGCUCCGGGGGGUGAUGACGCAAACGAAGAGUCUCCACCUGGUUCCCCUCCCGACACCCCCGGAGCAGACUCCCCCCUCGGCUCCCCCCCGGACUCCCCCUUCUCCCCUCCCGGGUCCCCCCCGGACGACUCCGACUGCCCCCCUGACACCCCGGAUGCCAAGUCCAAGAUGCCCCUAAGCCCAUCCCCCAGGAGGAGAACCUUGAGUCCAGCCUGCACCAGAGCCUCCAAAGCGGAUGAGCCUCCUACUCCAGCCCCAGGCUCUGGGGCCCUGGAAAACUGCCCUCUCUGUAAGGUGGAGCUGAAUGUGGGAUGUGACCCACCCAACUACAGCAUCUGUACGGAGUGCAACAAGACUGUGUGCAACCUUUGGUUCAACCCCACGCCUCACCUGGGAGAGGUGGUGUGGUGGUGCGUGGAUAGUGAGCAGGACACAGUCCAGAAGGGUGACAAGCCAUUUCCUGAACUUGAAGAGAAAAUAGAACCUGAAGUUCAACGAGUAUGCAGUGGAGUGGAUGCAGAUGGAGAGGCUAAGGCAAUGGAGACACAGAAAGAGCCUGGAGACAAAGACCUCGCCACAAAGGAGAGCAGCCCCACAAGCCCAUCAGAUCUGGCUAAGCUGGAGAGCUCUGUCCUCCCCAUACUGGAGGCCCAGACUAAAGAACUGACGCAACCAAAGGACGACUCAGAAAAACUCACCGAUUCACUCAAGGGCAGACGCAAACUGGAAGUGCUGCCGAUCUCGUCAGAGUCCCCCAGCUCCGAGGAUGACAGGGAGCUCUCGGAGAAAAAAGAAGCAGACGCCCCUAAGAAAAGACUGCUUGUGCCGAUGGACCUCAGAGGCGACUCACUGGAGGACAGCAGUGAGAGUGUGGGUAAAGACAGCCCCAUGUCCGGGGACGAGGAAGACUUCAUUCGAAAACAGAUCAUGGACAUGAGCGAGAACGAAGACGCCUCUCCGUCGGACGAAGAAAACCUGAUCCGGCGAAAGGUCCGAGAUCAGGAAAGGAAACGUAACGAAGACCAGAGAGGAGAUGUGAAGGAGAGGAGCGCGUCAGGAAAAGCCCGGCGCCUCCUUAAAAACAGUACCAUCAGCCCUGACGACGACGAGAUUAAGAAAAUCAGCACCUCGUUAGACGCCCCUGAGGACACUGGGAAAGAGGAGGGAACUGAAUCCAAAGUCGACCAACCUCAGACAGAGGAGCAGGAAGGUGGCAUGGGCGUACGUAAAUUCAGAACCAUCGAGCUCAACACAACCAGUUACCCGGUAAGUGUGCCCGGAAUACCAAGAGAUGACGGCGAACUGGAAAUGGAGAACUUGACGGAUUCGCCAGAUGACCGAUCCAGAGGUGAAGGUUCCUCCAGCCUCCAUGCCUCCAGCUUCACUCCGGGGACGUCCCCAACAUCGCUAUCCUCUCUGGAUGAGGACAGCGACAGCAGCCCCAGCAACAUACGCUCCGGCGAGGGCAAACAGCACAGGAAAGCCAAACACAGACAACCUGGCCAGGUCCUGCCCACCAUCGAGGAUUCUUCAGAGGAAGAAGAACUUCGCGAGGAGGAGGAGCUACUCAGGGAGCAGGAGAAGCAGAAAGGCUCGGGCAAGAAAUCCAAGAAGGACAAAGAAGAAAUACGAGCGCAGAGGAGACGAGAGCGUCCUAAAACGCCUCCGAGCAACCUCUCCCCCAUCGAGGAUGCGUCUCCGACGGAGGAGUUGAGACAAGAGGCUGAAAUGGAGGAGAUCAGACGUUCCUCCUGCUCGGAUUUCUCCCCCAGCAUUGAGUCAGAGCCGGAAGGAUUUGAAAUAAAGGCGGAGAAGAUUGCAGCUGUCCAGAAAGUGUACACGCUUCCCACAUCGAUGUCCCUGUACUCACCAACGGACGACAAAGACAGACAGGACGCCACUCAGAAAAAACAACUGAAAACUGCCGACGAGACGUAUGAAGAGAUCAUGCUAAAGGCUAAGUCCCCUACAGCUGAAAAAGUUGAGAUCCCUCCAGGAAAAGAGUCCCUUUAUGGAGGUAUGCUCAUUGAAGACUAUGCCUACGAGUCCCUUGUUGAUGGAUCAAAAACUCAGCAGCAGGAUCUUGAGAAGAUCUCAGUUCCAGCUUCGCCCAAAAAACUCAGAUCACCAGAUGAGGUUUACGAAGACAUGAUGCAGAAGAGGAAAGAGUUCAUGCAGUUGGAACAAGAAUUCCAACAAACACAGCCUGUGUCAGAGAGACCAAAACCUACGAUCAUAUUGCAACCGGCCAACAGUAGCACCUCUGCCAGCCCUACAGUUUCCAUAGGCAAGGACGGGAAACCCUUGUUAGAUGCAGAAGCUGCUUAUGAAGAGCUCAUGAAGAAAGUGCUGACUCCUGGAACCAGCCCAACCCAGCAGACUGACGUUCCCCCAGCAGAGGGGGCACUUCCUAGUCUUGAGGCUGACAAAGCUCUACCUAGAAGGGCUCUCCAGCCCAUUCCAGACCUCAGGGUGACGCAGUGUUCGUCGGGAGAGGAAGGAUCCGAUGAAGAAUGCAGUGCAGCCAAGAUGCAGGACGAGCCGAAAGCUGAUGUUCCUGAAGCGGAUCAGACACCUUCAGUGACAGAAGAUCCCACAGCGGUUGUUUGCGAGGUUCCUCCAGCAACUACGUCCAACCAACCACAUACCAUAGUGGCGGCAUCAGAGGUGGAGCAGCGAGUGGAGAUUAACCAACCCGAAGCCAUAGACCUCUCCGGUGUCAAAUCUGUGACUCCAAACAUGGUCCCAAAACCACCUGCCCCGGUAGAUUCCAGUGUAUCACCUUUACCCACCGUACCACAGUACACCCCCACUGUGCCCAGCAUCGUGUCCACUGCCCCUCCUGUCCCCCCAAAACCAGCCGUCCUCCGCAGGUGUCUGUCUCAGGAAAAAGCAGACGUCCCUAUCCCUCCACCACUGCCACCUCCCACCCUACCCAAACCAACCGUUUACCCAAGGAAACCUCCGGUUCCCCUUCCACCUCAAGCUUCAUCGACCCCAGUCAGGUGUGACCCUGUGGCCAUGACAACAGGACAAGCAGGGUUAGCAAGUCAGCCUGUGGCAGCAGCUACAUACAAGCCCCACGUUCCUCCUCCAGUUCCUCCAAAGCCUUCCUCCAUCCCUGCUAGUAUGGGGUAUAGCCACAGGCCAGGCGAUGGUGUCAAACCACCUGUUGCACCAAAACCAACAGGUUCUCAGCCAACCUCCCCGGCCCAUGUCACAUAUCCACCAAGACCUACUGUGCUCCCCACAGGCACUUCUGACAUGGCCUUGAAUCUGAGCCCCUUUGCUGAAAGGCCAGGUUACGCCUCACCAAAGUCCCCCUCCUCCCCAAGAUACGCCAGCAACCUCCAUGACACGUAUGUGGUCAUCACUCUGCCCUCCCAGCCCAGCUCUCCAGUUGAGGGCUUCACAACCCAGGCCCCAUCAAGUCCAGGCCCAGUAUCUCCUUUAAGACAAGCCCAACCUCAAUCACAGCAAUAUCCACAGCCACCUCCCCCUCAAACAACCAGGGUGCCCUUGGCAUACACUCGAAUCACUGAGUCCAUAGAAAGCCAAGAGAUAUGUGGACCAGAGAAGGUUGUGUCGAGCUCCUGUCAUGUGAUUGAGGCCAUAUCGGCUUCAGCACAGCCCCCUCUGGUCAUGCCGAACCUCCUUUCUCAAGUAGUAACGACCGAAGUCCAAAGAACAACUGUGUCUGUGGUGCAUGAAAGAGCCACACCCCCCACGCCCGCCCCCAGAGCAACCGGCGUUCCCAUUUCGUUGGAGAAACCCAAACCGCAACAGACCCACACUACACACAGCUACCAGCCAGGAGAGGUAGUCGACCUUCGCACGAUGAAGGAGGAUCCUGAAUCAUCCAUGAAUGGUGUAGAUCUGUCCGCCGGCCCUGAGAUAAGACGUCAGUCCUUGGUGCCAGACAUUGGUGUUCGUCCUACAAGUGCAGUGCAGUCAUCGGUUGUCAACCUCAGUGCUGAGUCCUCCACUGUUUCCAUAGUGACAGACAGCAUCACCAUAGUAACGUGCGCGGCAACCAUACAACGGUACGAGAAAGUAGACACCCCCGAAGCAUCCUCCUGCAUGCCCCUUCAGCUCACAAAAAACAAAGCGUUCGAGCCGGUUUCUCAAAUAGUUUACCGGCCCAUAGAUUCUCAACCCUCCACCAGUGACAACGCAGAAAUCCCCAUAAACCUCUCCGUUGGAUCCAGCACAGGAGGUGGAACCUUCCAGCCUCCGCCCAUCACCAUCGCCCCAACUCCCACUCCCGCAUGUGUUGCCAAUGGCCUAACCAGUGGCACGGCCACAGUAGCAGGGGCAGUUGACCUCAGCACGGUAAAACCUUUCAACACAGUGGUGUCAAUCGAUCCUUCCUCUGUGGAUGUCGUUACGGCUGUGAUCACGGAGGAUGAUGGGACACCGGUGGACCUGACAGCUGGAAGGAGAGCCGUUUGCUGUAAUGUCGUCUACACGCUCCCUUUUACAGGGAGCUGCACCACGCAGCAGGCAACCACACCUUUACCCGAGGAUCGCUUUGGAUACCGGGAUGAUCAUUAUCAGUAUGAUCGUACGCCAUAUGGAAUGAGAGGGUUUGGGGGGAUCAAACCGUCGAUGUCAGACACUAACCUGGCUGAGGCUGGCCUUUUUGUCUACAAAAGCAAGAACAGUUAUAAUUUCAAUGGCACCACUGAAGGUGCAGUUGACCUGACAUCAGCAAAGAUAUCCGAUGCAGGAGAAGCUGUUGACUACUCCAAGAAAGGAGCAUACUCUGGGAUGACAAUUCCUCCUUACUCCCAAGCCAGAGUAACAGGAUCUACAGGGACUCUCUUUGGAACAAGCAGUGUCUUGAGGUCGUCUAAUGGCGUGGUUUACUCUUCAGUGGCCGCACCAAUUCCCUCCACCUAUGCCAUCACCACCCAGCCUGGUUCCAUCUUCAGCACCACCUACAACACCCUGUCAGGGAUGCACACCAGCGACACCAUGCCGUCCCUCUCAGACCUCCAGAACCAGCCCCUCACCAGAUCCCACAGCUUCCUGUCCUCCCUCUCCAUCACGACGGCAGACGAGCAGAGCAACGCUCCCCUCAACCUGGAGAUUUCCAAACACGGCGUCUCCGCCGCUGGUUUCGGCAUCGCGACCGCUGCAACCUCUCUGGCUCUGGACUCUUACACUGAGGCGUCCCUGGAGGCCAUCGCGGCCUCCCUAGAGGCACUCUCCUCCCCCAUGGUUCCCGGGGACGGCCAGUAUCAGAUGGAGCGGGAGAUGCUGGAGGUGGAGAAGAUGAAGCAACAGCGGCUGGCGGAGGAGCUGGAGUGGGAGCGGCAGGAGAUCCAGCGCUUCCGCGAGCAGGAGCAGAUUCUGGUGCAGAAGGAGCUUGAGGAGCUGCAGUCGAUGAAGCAGCAGAUCCUCUGCCAACAGGAGGAGGAGCGCCAGGCCCAUCUGAUGAUGCAGAAGGAGACCUACGCCCAGCAGCAGCAGCAGCUGGAGCAGAUCCAGAGGCUGCAGGAGCAACUUCGACAGCAGCUGGAGGAACAGAGGUUCAUUAAGAUGUACCCAGGGGCCGAUGCCCUGGGUCACGGCCAGCAAGAGGCCAUCAUCCUGGGGCCGGACGGCACGGAGCUGUCCCGCAAGAUUAUGGACAGCGGGGUUCAGACCGACGAGGAGGACGGGGCGGUCGAGAAGGCCUACACGGCGGGGAGGAAGAAGAGGACGGUGAAGAAGAGCGUGGACAGCUGCGUGCAGACGGACGAUGAGGAUCAGGAGGAGUGGGAGGUGCCGGCGAGAGGGAGACGGAGCAGGCCUCGCACGGCCCGGGGAGAGAGAGGGGGACAGACCGACAUGUCCAUCCAGGCCCAUGCUGAGAUCUCCAUACAGACUGACACAGAGGGCAACGUCAGAAUGGACACGAGAAUGGAGCUGUCAGACUCGGAGAGAACUUCCCCCAAGAGAAGACCCACCCCCUUAGAGAUAGGCACAUCCCCACACCUCAAAACGGACUCGUUCACCCUUCAAGCCCCUCCCAAAUCUCCCAAAGUCCUCUACUCCCCCAUAUCUCCUUGCAUAUCCCCCAGCAAAUCUCUGGAGUUUGUGUCCUAUGAGAAAUCACUAGGUGACACCAGCCCUCAGAGGAUAAGAGGGAGCACUGAACCGACCAAAGUGUCUCCUGCGAGCCCGAGGUCGUCGAAGGUCAUGCAACGAUCCCUUUCUAUGAGUCCCACCGGAGAGGAGAGAGCAUCAUCUAACCAGUUUGGGGAAGGUUACUCUGGAAAAGGUUCAUCAGGCAGUACGCCAACAGGAACUCAGAAGAAGGUGAAGAGAACCCUCCCAAACCCACCUUCCGAAGACGAGUCGACGUCUGCCAGUCAGACCGGCUACAGCACCGGCUCGGCACGCCGGCGCAUGUGCCGCAACUCCAACAUGGCACGAGCCAAGAUCCUCCAGGACAUCGAUCGAGAGCUCAACCUGGUGGAGCGUGAGUCUUCCAAGCUUCGCCACAAGCAGGCGGAGCUGGACGAGGAAGAGAAGGAGAUCGACGCCAAGCUGAGGUACCUGGAGAUGGGAAUCAACCGGAGGAAGGACGUCCUGCUGAAGGAAAGGGAGAAGAGGGAGAGGGCUUAUCUACAGAGCGUGGCUGAAGACCGCGACUACAUGUCGGACAGCGAGGUUAGCAACAUCCGGGAGACGCGGGGGAGCCGAGGGGUCAGCGGGGUCGAGGAGGUUGGAAGUCACGGGCUGGAGCGUCCCAGGACGGCACCACAGUCUGAAUUGGAGGAAUUCGUCCCACCGCAGACGACACACGACUACAGCAAGUACUCUCAGUACCAGUACUCCCAGAGCCAGACGAUGUACCAGCAGCAGUCCCUCUACCAGGCCCCUCAGUCCUACCAAUCCCAGUCCCUCUACUCGUCCGUUCCCUCCCUCUCCAGCUCCCAGCAGCAGAGCUACCACCAGAUGCUCCUGCUCCAGCAGAAGGCCGCACGACAGGCUGCCCUUCUCUCCGAGCUCGACGCUACCAAGAUGGCCUCCGCGUACGACGUCAUCAGCCGUCAGCCCGACCCCACGUCCUCCUCCUACCUGGGGGUGAGGUACGACAAGUAUGGCAACCACUUGGACCUGCGGGCCCUGGAAGGGGGCAGCAUGGCGGGCAGCCCAAUGUCCAACGUCUCUGAUUCCUUUUAUACCGACAUGGACCAUCACACACCCAGGAGCUACGUCCUCCUGGAGGAUGCAGCCGAGCUGGCCAAGAGCUCCAACAGCCUGGCUUCCUCGUCGUACAGCCUGGCCGAGAAGGAGCUAGCCAAGGCAGAGAGGCUUCUGCGGAGAAGCGCGGCCGAUCUGGGCUCGACGGACUACCUGGGCUCCACCUCCAGGCUGCACACGUACGGGAAGACGCCCGACGAAGAGGAUGCCAUGGAGGAGCCGUACGAGCUGAAGCUGCUGAAGCAGCAGCUGAAGCAGGAGUUCAGGAGGAGCGGGGGUGGGACGGAGAGCCUGGAACAGCUUACCGGGCUCCCUCAACACUACUACACCCCCAGUUCUGGAGUGUCCAGCUACUCCCAAAGACACUACCCAAAGACGGAAAAGUACAGCAUCAGCCGGCUGACCCUGGAGAAGCAGGCUGCCAAGCAGCUGCCCGCUUCGAUGCUCUACCAGAAACACAAAACCCCACAGAUGGAGCCCAAGAUAUCCACCAAGUACUCCUCCGUUCAGGACAGCCGAGGCCUGGAGACGGACUACAGCAGCUACCUGGGUUCCAGCGGCAGUUCCCCCAGGUCCAGUCGCCUGAUGCAGGACGAGAUCACAUUCGGCCUGCGCAAGAACAUCGCCGAACAGCAGAAGUAUCUCGGGUCCACCUUGGGAACCAACCUGGCCGGUUCUCUCAACCUGGGCCAGAGCAUGAACCUGGACUCUGCCUAUCCUAGCGGCAGCCGCUCCCGACCGUCCUCCCGUCCGACCUCCGUGUACGGCCUGGACCUGUCAAUCAAGAGAGACCCUUCCAGCUCUUCUCUAAGGCUUAAGGGGGAUGGGGAGGUGUCGCUGGAGGGUUCCAGCUACCAAGCCCCCACCGGUCGCACCAAGCCGACCAGUCUGCCCAUAGUGCAAGGAGGUCGGGGACGCAUCCCCAUCGUGGCACAGAACUCAGAGGAGGAGAGCCCGUUGAGUCCUGUGGGGCAACCCAUGGGCAUGGCCCGGGCAUCAGCAGGACCUCUGCCACCCAUAUCAGCUGACUCGAGGGAUCAGUUUGGCUCCUGCCUCUCCCUGCAGGAGACCCAGCUACAGCAGCACCUGAGAGAGGAGCCGACCAGAGGGAGGGGCUACGUGAUGAUGGACGACCUUCAGGGCACCAUGUCGGACAGCGAAGCCCUCAGUGACUCCAUGAUGGCUUUGAACAGAGAAGAUCCAAGAGACUCACAUGAGAAUAUAGCUAACGCCUACCACCUGCGCCAGGAGGAGACUGACUGGUUUGAUCAGCCGAGAGACGGCCGACCUGAGAAUGGCCACGAGAGGAGACAGGGAAAAGAUCUGUACUACCCCUUUCCUCACACCAGGGUUAAACUGCAGAGGAAUCCCAAGGAUCGCAGUGUAUCAGGAAACGGUCUAGGCAUCCGUGUGGUGGGAGGGAAAGAGGUUGCCGGCAGCAACGGAGACAUCGGAGCCUACGUUGCCAAGGUCCUUCCUGGCGGAGCAGCGGAACAAUCUGGGAAGAUUCUAGAAGGAAUGCAGGUGCUGGAGUGGAACGGACUUCCCCUCACAGGGAAGACCUACGAGGAGGUGCAGGGGCUUGUGGGACAGCUCUGUGGGGAGGCGGAGCUCUGUGUCAGACUGGAUCUGAACAUGCUGGCUGACUCAGAUGCCUCCCAGCAUCUGGAUUUCCAGGACCAGACUAAGGGCGACAGGCCCCCCAGGUCUCCGGGGGUGGACCCCAAGCAGCUGGCCGCUGAGCUGCAGAAGGUGUCCCAGCAGCAGGCUCCGCCCCCGACCACCACCUCCUCCUCGCUCUCAGCGGGGGGCGACAGGGGAUCCUACGGCAUUUCAGGAACUACCUCCACCACCUCCAGCGCCGUCGCCAGCCCCGGACAGCCUGGCUCACCCUCCGUCAGCAAGAAACGUCACAGCAGCAAGACAGUGGAGGCGGUGAAGACUCAGACCCACCCUGUCAGCGGGGAGAUCCAGCUCCAGAUUAACUACGACAAGCAGAUGGGGAACCUGAUCGUGCACGUGCUCCAGGCCAGGAACCUGGCGCCACGCGACAACAACGCAUACUCAGACCCCUUCGUUAAAGUCUACCUGCUGCCUGGGAGGGGUCAGGUCAUGGUUGUCCAGAACGCCAGCGCUGAGAAUAAGAGAAGGUCAAAACAUGCAGGCAAGAGUCUGAAUCCGGAGUGGAACCAGACUGUCAUCUACAAGAACAUCCACCUGGAACAGCUGAGGAAGAAGACCUUGGAGGUGAGCGUCUGGGAUUACGACAAGAGCUCCUCUAACGACUUCCUGGGAGAGGUUCUCAUCGACCUGUCGAACACAGCCCAGCUGGACAACAUCCCUCGCUGGCUCCAGCUGAAGGAACAGACCGAGGGUGAGCACCACCGACGCUCCCACACGAGCCAGGGACGCCAGCACUCCCCCAAACAGCCCUCCCACGGCAGUCAGCAUGCCUCCCCCAAGACCGGUGGCUCCGCCCAGGACUCCGCCCAGGACUCCCCCAAGUCCUCCGUCAUCAAGAGCCGAAGCCACGGGAUAUUCCCCGACCCGGCCAAGGACACGCAGGUGCCCACUAUUGAGAAAUCACACAGUAGCCCCAGCACAUCGAAGCCUUCCCAGUCAGAGAGCCACAGCCAACAUCAGCACACUCGCUCUCACGGCGCUCCGCGGUCCGCCGGCGGCAAAUCCGCCUCGCGGCCGCACCACCCCAAGGACGGCGGAAGUGCCGGCGGCGGUGUUGCCGUGGCAGCGGGCGAAGCUUCCGCCCCUCAGCAGCAGCAUACGCCGCAGCGUCUCCAACCAAGUAAACGACUCUCCAUCUCGCCCCCUUCCCCUCCCUCCGCCCUCAUCCUGACCUAUGAACUGCCCGCCACCCCUGGCCAUGACCUUUUGCUCCCUCGGCGUGACCCCACGUUGACCCCGCCCAUGCGCCUGCGAACCUCCGCCCACCCCACCCAAGCCCAACGAAACUCCGCCCACCUCUCCCUGAGGCAUCACAGGCACAGCGUAGUGGGCGUGGUCACCGUUCGGAGACCCCAGUCCGAUUCGCUGCCCGCCCUGCCGCCGGCGGCUCCAUCAGCCAAUUGGAGCAGAGCAGACGGUCGUCAGCUGACCCUCAGAAAAGCCUUGUCUGAAGAGAGACCAUGGAGGGACGGAGCCCGGGGCAGCCACAGGUCUGGGGAUGCCCCGGUAACAGCUGCCUCAUUGGACAGUGGUCUGAGUGGCAGCGCCUACAGCCUAUGGGACGAAGACGGGGAGACCAACGCGGUGGACAGUGCCAUCUUCCAGAUCCCGCGACUUGGAAAGAUUCCAAACGGCACAGAUGGGAUGAAGUCACCACUGGGACCCGGGGACUCAGAGGGGAAGACCCAGGUGAUGGGGGAGAUCAAGAUCGCUCUGAAGAAGGAGGUGAAGACCGAGGGGGAGCAGCUGGUGUUGGAGAUCCUGCAGUGCAGAAACAUCACCUACAAGUUCAAGUCUCCUGAUCACCUGCCUGACCUCUACGUGAAGCUGUAUGUGGUGAACAUCGCCACGCAAAAGAGGAUCAUCAAGAAGAAAACCAGAGUAUGUCGCCAUGACCGCGAGCCCUCCUUCAACGAGACCUUUAGGUUCUGCAUGAACCCCACCGGUCACUCUCUACAGCUGUUCCUGGUGUCGAACGGGGGUAAGUUUGUGAAGAAGACCCUGAUCGGGGAGGCCUACGUGUGGCUGGACAAGGUUGACCUGCGCAAGCGAGUGGUGAGCUGGCACAAACUGCUGGCCAGCUCGGCCCAGAUCCACUCCUAAGAGGAUACCCCCCUACACCCCCCCCCCCCCCAACAUCUCUGACUCCCUAAAACUGGUGUGGGACAAGACGGAGGGGUGGAGGGGUACCCCGUCUUCUCUGAUCACUGCUCCGUUCGUUCCAGACCUGCUCACAGGCUGCACCCCCAGGGGGGGGACAAAGACUUUUGGGGUGCAGCGGGGAGGGAUGUUGUUCUGACAGUGUGGGUCUUGGUGUCAGGGUAACACGGUUGAGCUGUGAAUGGAGAGAGAUUAUCUUAGUAGAGUACUGAAGUGUUUUUUGUGACUACUGGAAGUUGAGAGGACAUGGUUAUGUGUUUACAGGAAAUGAGCUAGUGUUUACAGGAAGUAGCGUGCAGUCCGGAGCGAUGGGUGGCGGAAACAAAGCGAGAACUGAACUAACCAGGUCUUACAAACAUACUCGCGUUUAAACGCACAGGCGUGUAAGCACCCACACACGCACACGCACACACAGACACAUGUUCACUCACGUUCACAUGAACACGCUAAAGCCACAGAGAAAGUGAAUAAAUAGAUACAGGGAAUGGACACUUGUAGAUUCUUGUUUAUUUAUAUUUUAAUUGUAAGUUUUGUUCACAAAUUAAAUUAUAAUUAUGGGACUCCCUAUACAUUUAUGUUUGAUAUCAGAAUUUUAAUUUAUUCUUGAAGAAUUUUGAGAAUUACAUAUCUAAUAUUAUCUAUUGAGAUGCACAUCUUAUUUUUGUAGUUUGAUUUCAUUAGAGAUGUACGAAUGGUCAUAUUUCUUCUCCUCGGUCAAGUAAUGUAUUUCAGUCCAGAAUUUCUAUCCAGAGAGUGCACAGUCUAUUUUCUAACACACACUUAAUUCAUUCCGAUUUUAAAGUUGCUCUGAGCUGGCAUGAUUUUGUUUUGCAUUUAUAGACUAUAUAUCAGCCUGUCCUCUUCUUCAUUGCUCCUUUCUUAGAUGUAAAUGUAGAUCUAUCUAACAUAGUACAUAACAGAUAAGAUGUUCUAUAUCUCUAGUUGGUGUGAUGUGAUCAGAGGGGAGAGUGUGCAUUGUGUACAGCCGUAUAUCUAUCCUGUGAGGUAUUUCAGUAGUACCACACUGCACAAGUGGAAACAUGUCCAUCCACUACUUGGCGUUCACUUUGUACGUAGUGGAGUACAAUGUCAUAGUUGGAGAUUAUACUGUAUAUACGGUAUAUAUAAACACACACAUAUAUAUAUAAUAAAUAUCUACCUAUCACUGACAAUCCAAUGUGUAUGAUUGAGGUUUAAAUGUUUGACUGGUAUCACCCCUUAGGAUGUGGACCACGAAGCACAUCAUAUUGAAUCGCUUUGAUCAUUCUUGUUUUUCUUCUUAUGAUGCGUUGUUAAUUGAUUACAUAUUGAAAAGGUCCUAUCCACAAUAUGUACUG